CAUAUAAAACGAUGUCGUUCUUUCCGUAAUCUCACCUUUAGUCUUAGAAAGCCAACCUACAAAAUUCUAGCCAUUCACAUUUACAAGUUGAAAAUCAAAUCAUUUCCCUCGAUACAGAGAGAGAACUCAAAAACCCGAACCGAGAAAAAUGGGCAAGGAUCUGAGCGACGACCAGGUCUCGUCAAUGAAGGAGGCCUUUACAUUAUUCGACACUGACGGUGACGGUCGGAUCGCGCCGUCAGAGUUGGGGAUCCUUAUGCGAUCACUGGGGGGAAAUCCUACACAGGCCCAACUGAAAUCGAUAAUUUCAGAGGAAAAACUAACGGCUCCGUUUGAUUUCCCCCGGUUCCUUGAACUGAUGGCAAAGCACAUGAAACCGGAGCCUUUCGAUCGGCAGUUGCGUGAUGCGUUCAAAGUGCUGGAUAAGGAUUCAACCGGGUUUGUCUCUGUGGCGGAUCUGCGGCAUAUAUUGACUUCUAUUGGGGAGAAGCUGGAGCCCUCCGAGUUCGAUGAGUGGAUUCGGGAAGUGGAUGUCGGGUCGGAUGGGAAAAUCCGGUACGAAGAUUUUAUUGCCAGGAUGGUGGCUAAGUGAAUUGAUGGUUUUUUCAAGAAAUCAAAAAAAAAAAAAAAAAAUUGGUGUGUUUUGUUAUUAAUGUUCUGUGGAAUUUUUGUUUUUUUUUUGUUUUUUUGGCUUUGUAUUCGGAUUAGGGUUUGAUUGAAAUUAAUGCGAUGGAUAUUGGUGUUUCUUGAAUUGUUGAAUUAUUGCUAAUUUUUUUUUAUUCACUGUUUCUGAGUUGCAUUAUAGUGUAUAGCUAUGUUACCAAUUUAUGGAUGUUGGAGCUUUCUUAAUUGAAUUGGUUUAGGUAA